AUGACUGACCAAGACGGUAAACAAAAUGAACCGCAGCAAGAACAGCAACCUUUAACGUCCCAGCCUUUAUCACAGGGAACAGUAACUUCCCAAACUACGUCUAAUACUACGAACAGUUACCCAACGAAGAGCGUUAACUCAUAUCAGAAAUAUAACCAAGUAAACGGUCCAGGAAAUGAGCAGCAACCUACCUAUUCAUAUGGAACCAAUAACAAUAACUAUAAUGGUAAACCACAUCGUAGUAACAGUAAUACUAGUAGUAAUAUGAAUGGAAAUUACUAUAAGCAGUACCAACCGGUAAAUGGGAAUGGUUAUACUAGUAAAGCAAAUAGAUAUAAUAACCCUAAGAAUCCUGCAACAGCACAGUAUUAUAACAACAAAUAUAACAAUAUUCCAUAUAAUGCUACUCAAGAACAAUUAAAUGCACUGCAAUGGAAAAGCUAUUAUGGCUCACAAAUGAUGUACAUGCCACAACAAAUGAUGUCCAUGGCUAACGCGCAACAAAUGCCUAUGUCACCACCUUCCAUCUCAGCAACUCUAGCUACUCCUACACCAGUUCCAUCGACACCGUUCCAACCAAAAAGAAAAAUCGAAAUUACUACUAAAUCUGGAGAACGUUUAGAUUUGAAAGAAAUUCAUCAACGUAAGGUGAAUUCGAACGGUUCAAGUAUAGAACCAUCAGAUUUAUCAAAGGAAUCAACUCCUACAUCUAUUACACAAAACGAACCCGUUGAAAAUCCAUUUUUAACAUCCAAAAAGGCUGACACUAAUGAAAACAAUACUACGACCACAACAAAUAAUGAUACAUCUCCCAUACCAGCCUCUUCUGUAGAUGCGUCGAAUGAAAAUGAUUCUAAAUCUAAUAUUGAAGAAGAAGAAAAGCCAUCCGCUGAAGAAACAAGAAAACUGUUUUUAGAACAAGUUCGACUACGUAAAGAAUCCUUAGAAAGAAAGAAGAAGGGAUUGGAUUCUCCUGCUUUUACUCCUGCUCCUGCCCUUACUACCCCUGUAUCUACAGCUACUAUUGAAACCCAUCCGGAAAGUGAAAUUCCUAAAGAGAUUGAAACUGACGUAAAAGAAGAUAUAAAAGAAGGUAUAAAAGAAGAUGUAAGGGAGGAGGAGGAUGCCUUGGAAACUCCUGAUCCAUCUAUGCCUUCCAUGACUUUUACUGAAUUAUUAGAGAAAUUGAAAAAGGUAGAUCCAAUCAAAGAUAUUUAUGCCUUCAACUAUUCAAAAGAUGUAACAUCCCCAGAUAUCAAAUAUAAAAGUACGCACGUCAAGUAUACUUAUGGUCCCGAAUUCUUAUUACAAUUCAAAGACAAGAUUAACGUAACUCCCGAUGAUGAAUGGAAAGCAUCAACUCAGUCCAAGAUCGUCAUCCCACCUCCAAGAGGUUACAGAGGAGGUAAUGAAAAUACUGUUAGAUUUGGAGGAAAUAAUAACAUGACAUCGAGUGCUACUGGUGGCCGUAACGAUAUGAGAAAUCCAUCAAUGAGAAACAUGGAUAGCAACGCAAGAAUAAAUUCAAGAACUUCUUCAAAGAGAAAUAAAUCAAUGAGAAGAGCCAUCGCUGGUGGUGAUGAUAGAAGAUCCAAUACUGGAAGAUCAUCAUAUACUCCAAGAAGAGACCGUGAAAGAACGGAUACAGAAAGAUAUGAGGAUCGUCAUUAUAAUAACAGUUAUAGAAUGGAAGAAAAACCAAAGGAAGAAGUGGCACCUUUCGUACCAAGUGCUAAUAGAUGGAUUCCAAAAUCAAGAGUAAAGAAGACUGAAAAGAAAUUCGCACCUGAUGGUGUCACUGAGUUAUUAGAGAAGAGUGAAGUUGAAAGUAAAAUGAAGUCGUUGCUGAAUAAAUUGACUCUGGAAAAAUUCGAUACUAUUUCUAAUGAUAUUUUGGCUAUUACUGAACAAUCUAAAUGGGAGAAGAAUGGUGAAACUUUGAAUUUGGUCAUUGAACAGAUCUUCUUGAAAGCAUGUGAUGAACCUCAUUGGUCAUCUAUGUACGCUCAACUUUGUGGUAAAGUAGUCAAAGAAUUGGAUCCAGAAAUUAAAGAUGAAACUAACGAAGGUAAAACAGGUCCUAAAUUGGUUCUUCAUUAUUUAGUUGCAAGGUGUCAUACAGAAUUUCAAAAAGGUUGGACUGAUAAAUUACCAACAAAUGAAGAUGGUUCUCCACUAGAGCCUGAAAUGAUGUCAGAUGAAUAUUAUCAAGCUGCUUCAGCAAAGAGAAGAGGUCUUGGGUUAGUUCGUUUCAUUGGGUUCUUAUAUCGAUUAAAUUUGUUAACAGGUAAAAUGAUGUUCGAAUGUUUCCGUAGAUUAAUUAAGGAUUUGUCUGAUAACCCAUCUGAAGAGAUUUUAGAAUCUGUCGUUGAAUUAUUAAUGACCGUAGGUAAGCAAUUUGAACAUGACACUUUUAGAGCUGGUAAUGCAACUUUAGAAGGCUGUGUCUUGUUAGAUAGCUUGUUCCAAAUUAUUCAAAACCUUAUUGAUACAGAUACCCAAAUUUCUAGUAGAAUUAAAUUCAAAUUGCUAGAUGUUAAAGAACUGAGAGAAAAGAAGCAUUGGAAUAGUGAUAAACAAGAAAGUGGCCCAAAGACAAUACAACAAAUUCAUCAAGAGGAAGAGAAAGCUCGUCAGUUAAAGAUGAAUUCCAGAACAAAUUCAAGACGUAUGAAUACGUCUUCUUCUUCAAACUCUCAUAGACAGUCAUAUAGAAAAGAUUAUCAAUCCAGUUCUAAAGAUAGAUUUGCUUCUGGAAAAACUCCUUCAUCAAGAUAUACUUCUAAACAGCCUAUUAAGGAAAAACGACCAUCAGCUCCAGCGCCAUCUAAUAUGUUUGACGCAUUGAUGGACGCUGGAGAAGAGUGA